AUCGGGCAAAUUCCACGCGAUUGCAUGACGUCGGCGGUGAACCAGAACCUGUUGGCUUUUUGCGGUUGGUAACAACGCUAAUGCUGUUUGGUAUAUUCUCUAUGAGAAAAAUGAGAAUGUGCCAAGAUGAGCAUCAAGAGACACAGAAAAGACAGAAAAAAACAUGUAAUUACACGUUUUGCCAGGGGCUCGGGCUUUUCAUCACUCAUUGGAGCCCACCGAUUACCGCGCUAACGAGGGCCUGCGAUGUUCGGAGAGAUGUUUGUGCAAUUUACCCCCCGACUCCCCCAGCAAUUGUGUCGGCCCAGCAAAACAUGAUCAAUCCUAGAAGAUAAGUUCAAACUAGGUCACCGGUGUGGCCCCGAAACAAGAAGAUCUUUGUCUCUAUCGCUCGGCAGCCUCCCCACGUGGGUUCUGGCCAGGCGUAGCCUGGUACGCCCAAGAUUGACAUUGGAUGACGAGUUUUGCGUCUGAUGAUGGGCUGAAGACUUCAGCCAACCAUGUUACUACUGUAUUUCAGCCAGGCCCCGCCUGUAGGUACAGCGUGGUAUACAUAUCCUCGCUAAAUACCUUAUGGAUGAUGGAUGCCUACCAGGGUGUCGACUUGCGGAGUGCUUGUGGUUCAAUAUGUGGACCCGGGUCCUCCGGAUUUGCCUCGCGCUGGCUUGGUAAUCUUGGGAACCCUCACUUGGGUCCUGCUAGCCACCAGCGCACAAUGCACACACAGAUCAGGGAACCCAUAGCUGAGCUUGCUGUGGUAGGUUUGACUUUGGGUACCUGCCUUGAGCUCGCCUACCCCUGAGCGGUAUCCACCCACCCACAAAGUCCAGAACACCACCCUACUGCACGAACCCUUACGCAGUACAUACUAGUCUAGUCUAGUGUGGGACAAUCCAGCGCAGGCGCUGAAUACGCCCUGUGUCCAUGAAUUCUCAUUCGAACAGGCGGGCGGGCGGGCAUCUUACAGCUGGAGACAGACCCGCCUAGUAUUGUCACUGGCUUGCGCGAGUCGGGAAACUCGGAUCAGUGCUUUGUUUCCCAUUACAAGCAAGAUUUACCCAUCAUUCCCAUGUGGAGACGGCGUUUACCAACCAACCAACCACCCACCCACAUCACGGGGACAUGCGCUCGAGAGCUGGGCUGCGCAUGGCAAGGUGAGCGAGCCCCUAGCAGGGGGAACACAGUUGCCGCCGCGCUCCUCACUUUCUGUACUGUAGUCUAAAGUUAAUAACCCUAUUACCCUGGGAUGGCGCUCCUCCACAAAGUGAUCGUCCUCUCCCUUGUGGUCCUACUUCACAAGCCCAUCGACAUGUCCGAUCUAUAACACUGUUUGAGGAAAGGAUAUUCUUCUUACCCAUUCAGUCCUCGCGGCUGUCAACAACAGCCGUCUGUCUGCAGAAAAAAGGCCGCCCAUUGUCAUUGACUUGACAAGGCGAGGAUCGCCCCUUUUCAGCAGCCCAGACUUGCUGUCAUACAUUCGUUACUAUCACACACUCGUUACUGCGUGUGUCUGUAGGGCAGAGCACGCACUCCUAUUUGACACGCCCUACAAUCACUCGACAGGCUAGGGAUCAGGACCCGGGCCUCUAUUCGACCAUAUCACUCCUGUUUCUCAAGGUGGCGCCGACCGGUGUGAGGGAAUAAUUAUAAAACGCCAUCAUGAGGUUCAUCAUCGUCGCCUUCAUGGCAGCACUGGCCACGCCUUUGGCUCUGGCGCAGAACACAUCGAGUUCUGCUCUGGCUCACCAGAUCCCCGACUGCGCUAAAUUUUGUUUGGCGAGCUUUGCAGACCGGUCAACAUGUCCCAUGGACGACCUAGCCUGCUUAUGCCCAAACACGGCACUGAAGGAGGACAUUACCAAGUGCGUAACGGCUCAAUGUAGCAUCAAGGAAGCACUGUUUACGAAGAACGUCACAUCCGUCGCCUGCGAGGAAGAGAUCAGGGAUAAGCGUCUUGAACUCAACAUCACAGCUAUUAUCCUUGGAUCAAUGGCGGCAUUGUUCGUAAUACUUCGAAUGUUCUCCAAGGUCUUUGUCGUUGGUGGCAGCGCUGGCUUGGACGACUGGUUUAUCGUAGCGACGAUUCUACUUGGCGUUGCCGACACGGUGCUUAUCGUCGAAGGACUGACCGCCUACGGUCUGGGUCGAGACAUAUGGACCUUGACCAGCGAGCAAAUCACACAGUUUGGGCUGCACAUGUACGUGAUACAGAUCAUGUAUAUUGCACGGCUGUCCCUGCUGAAGAUGUCGCUGCUGUUCUUCUACCUGCGAAUCUUUCCCAACCCGCGCAUACGGCAGCUUCUCUGGGGCACUGUGGCUUUUAACACGGGCUACUUUGUGGCCUUUAGCGUUACUGCCGCUUGCCUCUGUCGCCCCAUCCACUUUUUCUGGGAGAGGUGGGAUGGUGAGCAUCUCGACGGGAUCUGCAUGGACGCGAACGCGAUAGGGUGGGCCAAUGCAGCGGUCAGCAUCGCCCUCGACCUUUGGAUGCUGGCUCUGCCGUUGUCGCAGUUGGGAUACUUGAAGCUGCACUGGAAGAAAAAGGUCGGCGUGAUCAUCAUGUUCGCUGUUGGCACAUUCGUCACCGUCAUGAGCGUUCUGCGACUCCAGUCUCUCGUUUCGUUCGCAAACUCCGAUAACCCGACCUGGGAUAACUGGGACGUCGUCAGGUGGUCGACCAUCGAGGUUAACGUCGGCGUCAUCUGCGCUUGCCUACCGCCCCUGAGGGUCCUGCUCAUCCGCGCGUUCCCCCAACUGAGCGGCUCGACAAGCAACUAUCCGUCGCAGAUGAACCAAAACUACGGAGCGGGCAAGGGCUCCAAGGGCGCCAUUGCACUCAACUCGAAGGUGCAGCUGACCAACGGACGGUCCAGGACCUUGGGCGUAGAGUCGACGGUCGAGCGAGGAUCCACGGUUAUUGACGACGCGGAAGGAGCGGCAGGAAAGGGCGGGAUCCAGUGCCAGGUCACGUACAGCGUGUCGUACAGAGAGCGGGAGCGCGACGAGGAGAGCCUGGUUGGCACGAUGCACCGCGACGACUUUGACGACAUUCCGAGGAGGGGGAGCCCCGGGGGUGCGACCACCCCAUCGACGAUGCGGCGCAGCCCGAGCGUGGCUGCUGUGGAGCGGACCGGACGUGUCGACAGCCCAGGGCCGUCGAGGAGCCUCAGCCGGUCGCGGUCUCACCAUAGGAACUUUAGCAGGCCCAACGUUGCACCACUCCCCACCAGGAGCAGGAGCCACUGCCGCUCGGACAGCGUAUCAGUGUUGGACUCUAGGGAGAGGCUGGAUCCAGACGCAGUGGGACCGCUGAGCCCGAGGUAUCCUUUGCCAUAGAUCUAUCCACUUGACUUUUUUUUUCUUU